ACAACAACGCAAGUAUCAUCUAACAUAUUCAUUCAUCUUUCCUCUUCUAGUUGACAUGAAACGGACCACACUCGCGCAGCUGCGAGGUUUACUUUGUCCGCGUCUGUGAAAUUGGAGCUGCACUGACUGACGAAAUCGUUUUGUUUUUUUCCUGCUGUGAAGGACGGGCGGGGAACUUGUGUAAGCGGAGAGUAAUCGACAAUGGCGACAUCUGUGGUGGCUGGGAGGUUCAUUUUUUUGGUUCUGGGAUUCGCAACGGCUUGCACGGUGCUCUACACCUGCGUCACAGACGGCUCUCCGUUUCGAAUGGAGCUGCUAACCCCAUGGAUGAGCGCCACAUUAAUCGAUUUUUAUGUCAACGUUAUCCCCAUCGCGGCGUGGGUCUGGUACAAAGAAUCGAACUUAGGAAGCCGGGUAACGUGGACUGUUCUCCUUAUUUGCUUUGGCAGCAUAACAACUUGCUGGUACAUUGCUAUUGAGUUCUUCAAGAUGUCUCCAGACGACCCUGCUUAUUAUGUGUUGCUGAAAGAUCGCACCAUCAGGUGGGAGGGUAGCUGCGAACUAGACGGUCACAUGCCAAGCAAUUAUUGAUCAAUAGCUUGAGCACCAAGGUCAGCCAUCAGAGAAGAGCUGAUAUCUGAAAUGUAUGUUUAGUGGGUUAAUGGCUUCUACAUCUUGCCUGAAGAAUGGGCAGUCACUGAAGUUUUUUGAAGUGGGAAACAAGAUUUAGAUUGUGCUUGAUAGCCUUGCAGGAUCGAUUGAUCCGAUUUCUGUUGGCUAUGAUUUUCUGAGAGCCAGAAGCUUGUAAUGUUCCUCACUUGAAAUCCAACAUUAUAAGUUUAUCACA